GGAGAGUCGAAGCUACUGUGAACAUGGCCCCGAGCUCACUACACCCUCCGUCGCACUCAGACGAGAUCCAACUCUCGUUCCCGCAGGAGCAUGUUCUGUUGUUGACGUUCAAUCGGCCCAAGGCUCUGAAUGCUGUUACGCCUACUAUGACUAGCGACAUCAAGAGGGUUUUGGAUUGGUUUGACCAGGAACCAAGCCUAUGGGUUCUCGUCCUUACCGGCGCAGGGCGCAUCUUCUGCGCAGGGGCAGACCUCGUUGCCUGGAACCAGCGACAAUCCGGAGGUGGAGCAGAUAGCGAUCAGUCCGACAUAAUCAACGAGGCCGAUGGCUUCGCGUCACUCUCCAGACGCACCGCUACCUCCAAGCCGAUCAUCGCUGCCGUACAUGGUGGCGCAUAUGGCGGGGGCAUGGAGAUCAUACUGAACUGCGACAUCGUCAUUGCCAGCGAGGACGCCAAGCUUGCGCUCCCAGAGGUUAAGCGUGGUGUCACGGCCAUCCAAGGAGGUAUGCCCAGAUUGGCUCGCAUCGCCGGUCACCAGCUUGCUAGCGAACUCCUGCUUACUGGCAAGGCAAUCUCCGCGACCGAGGCGGCCACCCGGUUUGGCUUUGUGAACCAGGUCGUUCCGAAGGACAAAGUCUUGUCCGCUGCGCUGGCCUGGGCUCACGAGAUCAACCAGAACAGUCCGGACUCUGUACAGAGCACAAAGCGCGCAUUGCUACUAGCUAACCGACAUGGCAGCGUUGAGGAUGCUGUGAUUGCGCAUGUCGGGUCUGCAGAGAGCAAGCGAGCAUUUACUAGCGAGAACAUCCAGGAAGGCUUGCGUGCCUUCGUGGAGAAACGGAAGCCGGCCUGGAAGAAUCCCGCGAAGCUGUAGUGUGGUGUGUGCCUCAAGGUAUCGGCACCUGCGUCAUGUACCCUAUUUUAUCCGCUGUAACUUGGCUUUUACUGGAUGUGAAUAUACUACAUGAA